CCAACUUAUGUAUCUAACAACAUAUAAAAAUCGAAUGUGGACCUACUUAUUUUUCAAUUGAAUGUAAUUGACUACCUAAUUGAUUGCCACCUAUGCAUUGGGGCCUCUUUUAAUUAAUACAAAAUUGAGGUUACAUCUUUUCAAAUGUUCCUCAAUUAAUAUAUAAGGGAUAUUUAAUAUUUUAAAAUAUAAAAUAUGUGAUACUUCAAUUUAAUCUAUAAAAUAUCCAACCACUUAUUUUAUAUUUUGAAAACUAACUGAGUUAUUUUAAAUAUAUUUCAAAAAAUAAAUAUUCUUGUUCUUAUGCGUUUAGUUGAAAUACACACUAUUUUCAUAUUUUAAACUAAUAUUAGUUUAUUUAAAAUAUGUGACCAGUUAUAUUAGAUAUUUUGAUAACUAACGAGAUAUUAUAUACAUUUUGAUAAUACAUGUCUUAGUUCUUAUGAUCUUAAUUAAAAUACCAUAGGAUGACAAAAAAAAAAUACCACAGAUUCACUUUUCAAGGCAACAUUUUACAUAUCCAAAUUCAGUUUCAAUGAAUAUGUCUGAUAUUUUUCCAUCAUAUCUCAUGUAGUUAUCUGUUUAUGAUCAUGACAAAAUAUAAUUACAUUUUUGAUAAAUUAUAAAGGUUGAUUGACCAAAAAACCGAGAACCACUAUUGGUUGAUGCUAUUAAAAUUAAUGUCAGUUCUAUCCAAUUAUCAUAACUUAUUAAAUUACCAGAAAAUCUUCUUCAGUUUGUCAGUAAAAAAAAUAUACUCAAUAGCAUUAAGAAAUUUAAUUUUGAAAUAAAUAUUCUAAACAUUAUAAUUUUUUUAAAUUUUUUAACUAAUUGAAAAUAGUACAAUAAAAUAUUAUUGGUCAAUCAAUUUACAUUAAAAUUAUAAGUAUCUUAAAAUAGUAAGACAUCUAAAUUAUGAAACGGAAAGGGUAAAUAAAUAUACAUUAUUUAAUUUGUGUGAGAAUGAUUAAAAAAUUAUGAAAGAAGAUAAAAUAUUUAAGUUUUAGUUAACCAGGAAUUGUGUUAUUAAGUUUUAUAGGCAAAAUCUAAACAAUGAAAACUAGAAAAACAAACUUGAGAAAAAGAUAUACGAGUAGGGAUACAAAAUAAACAUAGAUAAAAUAUUCAAUUUAUGAUUUUGGUAAUCUUUAGGGUUUUAAGCAUAAAUUAUUUCUUAACCUUUAUUUUCUUACUGAAUAUACAUCUUGAAUACUAUAAAUACAUUUUAUUUUUAUAUUAAAAACACUAUUUUAACCGUAAAUAUAUCUCUUCAAAUAUAAAUUAUUGCCGAGGAUAAAUUGAAAAGAUACUUGAAAAGAUGCUUUAUAAAGUAUAUUUCACCGAAUAUAUGUUGUUUGUUUGAUGCGUAUUCCAACUAUAUUUUCACUACAAAUAAGAUCAGAUCUAAAUAGUAAUAUAUAAACAUCUAUAACAAUUCACUAAACAAUAAAAUCCAAUAAUUAUGUUCAAAAUAGUUAUUCUUGUUGAUGAUUUUGAUAAAUAUGUUUGAUUUAUUUUCCUUUUUCAAUUUGUACAUGACAGUUUUAUUUAAUUUAAUAAUUUUGUGUUGCCUUAUCCGUCAAUGUUAUUUGUUAUAAUAAUUCUAAUUUAAUCAUUGAUCCGACAAUUUAUUUGACACGCUAAUUUUUCCGUUGACGAAUCCGACAAACAUGUUCGAUCUCUUUCUUCUUUUUUUCUUCGUAUCCGACAAUUUGUCUGAUAUAGUAAUCUUGCGCUGUUAUAGUUGUCAAUGUUGUUAUAAUAAAUUUUAUUUAAUCAUCGUAUCCGACAAUUUUAUUCGAUAUAGUUUAUUUUUGUUGAUGAAUCCGAUGAAUAUCUUUGAUAUUGUUGAUAUUUUAUCGGCUAAUUUUGUCGUUUUAUCCGACAUUUUUAUUUGAUAUAACACUUUUGCAUCAUUAGCCAUAAUGUUGUUUGUUAUGAUCAUUUUUAUUUAAUCAUCGUAUUUGACAAAUUUUUUGUCAUAGUAUCUGAAAAUUUUAUUCGAUAUAACUAAUAGAUUUUAUCUUUAUAUUUUUUUGAAUACUUUCAAUACAAUUUAUAGCUAAUAGAUUUUAUCUUUUUUGAUAGUUUUGAUAUCAUUUUAUAUUAUUUUAAUCAUCUAUUUCUUAACAUAACAAAUUUUAUUCAUCGAUGUAUUUAACGAUUUUAUUUAAUACAAUAGAUAAUCUUUGUAAUUGUGUCUUUAUGUUUUAUUUAAACAUAUUAAAAAGUAAUUAUUGUUAGAGCUGAUAAUUUUUCAGUGUAAUAAAAAAAAUUUAUAUAUGUUUUUAUUUUGUUUGGUAAAUGUGGUUGUGUUAAUUUUCAAUUUUUUGAUACAAAUAUUUUGGAUUUUAUCUUAUUUAAAACUUUGUAUAAUGUAAUAUUUUGUCUUUCUAUUUAUUAAUCUUAUUUGAUAUUGUGAAAGUCCAUUUAGUCUAAUGGUUUGAUUAAGAGUUCAUUAUGCUUCUACACGAAGAUGUAUGGUGUUCAAACUCCAGAAAAUGCAAAUUAUACAGAUUACGGAGAAAAAUGUUAUAAGAGAGCUUCAAAAUGGUUUAGAGUGCACCAUUGACAUAGAUCUCGUAUGACAGUUUAGAGUGGCACAGUCAGACGUGUAUUCUCAUAAACUGGUAGAAAUACCAACAGUAAAAUCGUCUAGUAUUUCUCAUCGCUUAAAUAAUAUAAUUAACCAGAUGUUCAAAAAAAUCUUUUUCGAUAUUUGUUGAAUGUUCUAUAUUAUAGCUUUAGUAUUAACUUUUUACCAAAUAGGCAGGCAAUGAUAAAUAUGUUUCUUCACUUUUAUGUUUCUAAACAUGUGGACAUCCAAAUCAGAUCAUCUACCGGGAAUGAUAUAUAUAUAUAUAUAUAUAUAUAUGGAAGUGAUGUUUUUACUUUUUAUAGAUUUAAUAUGGAUGAAUGAAACAUAGUCUCAAAAUCGUCUCCUACCAAAUUGCAUUAUAAACCCUUGAUAGUAAGUAAUCUUUAGUUCAUUUUAAUCGUCCCAUGUCGUAUUAUGAUAUUUUUUUAUCAACUAUCCAUUUAACUAAAACAAGUUUUGGUUAGAUGAGUUGAUUUUUUGAAGAUUUCCUAUAUUUGUCCGUGUUUUAUCUAUAUGAAAAAAAAAAUAUAGCCUAUGGAUUUUACCGCUUUUGCUAGUGACUGAUGUGCCAAUCCAUCGGAUUCGUAGUCAUGUAAAGUAGGAUUUAGUCAUGUUGUAUUAUGAUCUGUGCAGUCUAUGUUUGAAGAUAAACUUCAAGUUAAGAAAAUAAAAUUCUUACUGUAAAAAGAAUUGCAGGAAAGCAGUAAACACAUGGCUAUAUAUAAGUGGAGGAUACAAAAGGAAACCCAAGAAAACCGGUUCACUGUAAUAAACCAUGUAAGUGACUAUUCACAAGAAAGCUCCCUUAAAAGGAGCGUUCGCUUUACUCUCCCUAUAAAAAGACACUUGUUUUCUCAUUACCACAAGACUCUUUCACCGAUCUUCUCAAAAUGAAAACGGGUUUGAAACCCGACCCGAACCCGGUCGAGAGAAAUGAGAAAGAGGUUCGUUACCGAGGCGUGAGGAAACGCCCAUGGGGAAGAUUCGCAGCCGAGAUCCGAGACCCGGUUAAGAGAACUCGGGUCUGGCUCGGCACAUUCGACACGGCUGAGAACGCGGCGCGUGCCUACGACGCUGCAGCGCGAGACUUUCGCGGCCCAAAGGCCAAGACGAACUUUCCUCCGACGGUUCUUGAGCUUAACGCGAAUAAAGAAGGCCGUUUCGCUCGUAGUCCUAGUCAGAGUAGCACCGUCGACUCCGUCUCUCCUACAGGGAGAAGACUAGCAGCACUUCCGCAGCUCGAGCUCAGCUUAGGAGGUGGUGGCAGUGGCGGUGGUGCGUGUUAUGAUCAGGUUCCCGUUGCGCGUCCUCUUUACUUCUAUAAUAACAUGAAAGCGUUUUCACCGGCUGGUACCUGUGGAGGUGAGAAGAAACCUCAGCCGUUGAAUCUGGAUCUUACCUUAGCUCCUCCGGCGGAAUAGGCCGUAAGGUCCUCCUAGUAUCUUUUUCUAUCUAAGAAAAUCGAGAUAGUAGUUAAAUAAACUGACAUGGAAAGUCGUUAUGUAUAUAUUUUUAUCAACGUAUAACAUAAGAUAUAAACUUUUGUUAUGAUCUUUCUGUUUUUUCGC